CAGCCUAGCCUAGUGCCACCAUGCUCGCCCUGGAGGCUGCACAGCUUGAUGGGGCACACUUCAGUUGUCUGUACUCAGAUGGCGUCUUCUAUGACCUGGACAGCUGCAGACAUCCUGGCUACCCCGAUGCAGAGGGGGCUCCUGACUCCUUGUGGGGCUGGACCGAGGCCCCGCCUGCCCCAGCUGCCCUCUACGAGGCCUUCGACCCCACAUCGGCCACUUUCGGCCACCCCCAGGGUGUCCCUCUCUGCUAUGGACCCUCGACCUACAGCCCUGCAGGGGGCCUUGACCCAGUGCCCAGCCUGGAGGCCCUGGGGCCCGGCCUCCCAGCGUACCCCACGGACGAAUUUACCAGCCAGACCCUGAGCCCACCAGCGGCAUACGCCCCAUACCCCAGCCCUGUGUUAUCUGAGGAGGAGGACUUUGUGCUAAACAGUCCUGCCCUGGAAGUGUCAGACAGCGAGUCAGAUGAGGCCCUCCUGACUGGCACCGCCGAGGGGAGGGGAUCUGAUGCAGGAGCCCGCAAGAAGCUGCGCUUGUACCAGUUCCUGCUGGGGCUGCUGACCCGCGGCGACAUGCGCGAGUGCGUGUGGUGGGUGGAGCCGGGCGCCGGAGUCUUCCAGUUCUCCUCCAAGCACAAGGAGCUGCUGGCGCGCCGCUGGGGCCAGCAGAAGGGCAACCGCAAGCGCAUGACCUACCAGAAGCUGGCGCGCGCCCUGCGCAACUACGCCAAGACGGGCGAGAUCCGCAAGGUCAAGCGCAAGCUCACCUACCAGUUCGACAGUGCGUUGCUGCCAGCCGCCCGCCGGGCCUGAGCCCCCACUUGGGGCCUCUCGGGGCCUCCGCGCCCUGCUUGGGGAGCACCGGGAGCCCCGCGCCGCUU